AAUACGGAGUCGGAAAAAUGGUGGUCACCAGAUCCGGCAGCUCUCGGACCAGGCUCCAAGAAAACUCCCAGCAGAAGAAGUCUGUUCCUCGGAGAACUGGGACACAUCUAGUAAGCAAAAGAGAAUCCGAAUCCGAUGGCAGCACUGCUGAAUCACAGUCUGCAAAGGAACAAAGCUCAGUCCUCUCUAGAAGCAGGAACAGCAGAACGACAGGCCCAGCGGAGAUCACUGUACUCAUUUCUGAUGGAGAAGCUUCUGAAACAGAGUCUCAUGCUUCUGAGGUUUCUUCUGUGUUAGAGGUCCAAGAGCCCAUUAUAAGAGUAACCAGGAAACGGCGGGUUGUAAUUACACCUAUCCCAAAGUCCAGUGUUAGGAAAAAGCAGAAAGUAGCCCCUCAACAUGAACCUGUUGAUGAAGGAGUUGUUUCUGAAGCAGAGUCUCAUGUUUCAGGAGUUUCUAUGGCUGUACCUUCCACAGAAAGAAGAAUCAGAACUAAGGCUAAAUCUCAAAGAGAUUCAAGCCAAGAGUCAUAUUCGGAAACUAUAUCUGAUGCUGAGUCGUCCUGCUCAGGCAUUUCAUCAUUAGAGAUUGCACCCAGGAGAGCAGCCAGGAAUGUGCAGAAGAAAUUAAAGUUCCAAGCUGAGAAAAAAGAUACUAAGAUUACACCAGGAAAUAAAAAGCAAAUUGUGGGUACAUCUGUGCAUUCAGAGGACUCAAAUGCUAAACAGUUAUCUCAGUUAUCAGCAAGACCACUUUCUCAGAUAAGUAUGCCAACUAUUUCUGAUAAUGAAACUUAUAAUGACUUUGAUGAUCCCAUCCACAGAAAUUCAGGGGGAAAACUGACAACCCAAAACCAUCAAAAUUUGCAUAUCCAAGAGGAAAAACAAGCCCAUGUUGUGUCUCUUACUGAAGUCAGGGAGGAGAACUCUAAGAGUCUGGAUGAAGAGGACCCCAAAAUAAUAGAGGAAAAGGUAAUUAAUGAGAAAGAUUCCCACAUGAGUUUUUCUGAAGCUCAAGACACCAGCCUUCAUCAGUCAGCGUCUCAGAAUCAGUCAGUCGUCCCAAAUAAAAACCCCACAUCCCAGCUUUCAAGUCCAGAUCGGGAGGCUGCAAUGAAAUCAUUAGAGCACAAGUUUGCAGUUGUGAAAAUAAAAAGAUGGACUGAUGAGAGAGGGAGCAGCGUAAACAAGAGUGACUUGCCACAGCUCAGUGAUCGUGGUGACAGCAUCGAUGAGCUCACAGAUGCAAGUGUCAGUAAGAACAGCAACAGCCAAAGUGAUGUUGCUCUUGAAUGUGAUACCCGGCCAUGCAAGUCUGAACUCAGCAUGUCUCAGGAUGUAGACAGUUCUGUUUUAUUAUUUCUUAGCAGUGAUGAAAGCCUACAGUCUGAUAGCAGUGAGAAUGGAAGGGACACUUUGUGUUCUGUUGAAAACAGUGGCCAAAAGGAGGCAUCAACUGAGGACUUGGACGAUGCCGCGGGUGAUGGUGCACUCUUUGUAAUUGACAAAACUCCUGGAUUGAGUGCUGACAAAAACUUUUACCUAGAAGACAAGGCACCAAGUGAAGGUGCUGUUGAGGAAGAAAAAGAGGAGGAGGAAGAGGAGGGAGAUAGUGAAGAAGAGUCAUCAGACAGUGAUGGGAAUAAGGAUGAGACUAGUGAUGAGGAAGACUUACUCAGUAACACCAAGUCUAAGCUUCUGAAAUUGACAAGUAGCAGCAUAGACCCUGGACUAAACAUCAAGCAGUUGGGUGGUUUGUAUAUUAAUUUCAAUGUAGGCAAACCGCAGCCUCACAAGAAAACUCUAACCCAGAUCAAGGAGAAAAAGAAAAACGAGCUUCUUCAGAAAGCUGUCAUUACACCUGAUUUUGAAAAAAACUAUUGUGUCCCACCAUAUAGUGAGUCAAAGCAUCAGCUUCAGAAACGACGCAGGAAAGAGCGACAAAAAACGGCAGGUAAUGGUUGGUUUGGUAUGAAAGCCCCAGAACUGACAGAUGAACUGAAAAAUGAUCUCAAAGCAUUAAAGAUGAGAGCAAGCAUGGACCCAAAAAGGUUUUACAAGAAAAAUGACAGAGAUGGUUUCCCUAAGUACUUCCAGGUUGGAACCAUCGUUGAUAAUCCAGCCGACUUCUACCAUUCACGAAUUCCCAAGAAGCAGAGGAAAAAGACUAUUGUGGAAGAACUGCUGGCUGAUUCUGAGUUCAGGAGAUUUAAUCGAAGGAAGUAUUCGGAAAUCAUGGCUGAAAAAGCAGCAAAUGCAGAAGGAAAGAAGUUCCGAAAAAAGAAGAAGUUUCGCAAUUAAAAGUUACAGAGCAAACCAUAGCAUUUUAUAGAUCUUGAUUUUUCUGAAGGUUAUCACAUUAUUUAUAUAAAUAUGUAUAAGUAUUUAGUGAUUUCUAUUUGGAAAUAAAGAUUACUGACAAAAUCAA